CCACGCACACACACUCCCGGGCUUCUUCAUUUACACACACUUUUCCCACCGGGAUGGAUCUUCCGCAGCCAGCGCGCACAGCCAGCGGCCAACAGGCACGCAUCGCUUUGUCACACAUGGCCGCGCAUAUAGGGCGAACAUUCACGGCUUUUAUGUGGAUAAUAACUGUCGUUUCAAGUUCAAGGACGAGGAUUUAUCCGAGCAAUGAAGUGACCCUGCUGGAUACCAGGACAGUGCCAGGAGAGCUGAAGUGGGCAGCGAGUCCCUCAGAAGGAGGGUGGGAAGAAGUGAGCAUCAUGGAUGAGAAGAACAUACCCAUCAGGACGUACCAGGUGUGUAACGUCUUGCAACCCAACCAGAACAACUGGCUGAGGACGGACUGGAUCCCCAGGUCUGGUGCUCAGAGGGUUUACGUGGAGGUCAAGUUUACGCUCAGAGAUUGCAACAGCCUGCCGGGGGUCACUGGCACCUGCAAGGAGACGUUCAAUCUAUACUACCACGAGUCCAACGAAGACGGGGAGAACUUCAUCAAAGAGAGCAGCUUCAUUAAGGUGGACACGGUGGCAGCAGAUGAGAGUUUCACUCAGGUGGACGUCGGCGACCGCAUCAUGAAACUCAACACUGAGGUGCGGGACGUGAAGGUGACAAACAGGAAGGGCUUCUACUUGGCCUUCCAGGACGUUGGCGCCUGCAUCGCCUUGGUGUCUGUGCGAGUUUUCUACAAAACUUGCCCGCUGACUAUUCGCAAUCUGGCAACCUUCCCGGACACGGUGACAGGGGCUGACACUUCGUCCUUAGUGGAGAUUAGGGGGUCCUGCGUCGACCAAUCAGAGGAGAGAGAAGAGCCCAAAAUGUACUGCGGCGCCGAUGGAGAGUGGCUGGUUCCUAUUGGCGGAUGUCUCUGUAACGCAGGGUAUGAAGAAAAAGGGAGUUCAUGUAAAGCAUGUUCCGCCGGUUUCUACAAGUCCGGGUCAUCUGAUGCGGGAUGCUCAAAGUGCCCUCCACACAGCUACUCCCUUCGAGAAGGGGCGACCGUUUGUGACUGCCACUCGGGAUACUUUCGAGCUGACAGCGACCCUCCCUCCAUGGGCUGUUCCCAGCCUCCGUCGGCGCCGCAGCAGCUGAUCUCGGUGGUGAACGAGACCUCGGUGCUUCUGGAAUGGAGCGCCCCCCGCUGGCUGGGAGGACGAAGCGACCUCAGCUACAGCCUGGAGUGUCUGGUUUGUCAAAGCGGCGGCGAUACUCCGACGGGUGAUCAAACCGUCGGCAGGAAUCGUACUACUUCCCGACCUGAUGCUCAACGCGUCGGCCGAGGGAUGCAGUCAGACCAGGGCUUCGUGGUGGGACCUCAAGUCCAGAUGGGGAGAGGCGUCUACCAGAGAGAUUCCGACAGAGCGGCCUCGGGCUCUCAGCUGUGCCAGCCGUGCAGCUCGGACGUGCUUUUCUCUCCAGACCAGACGGGCCUGACGGCCACCCGAGUGGUAGUGAGCGAACUGCGAGCCCACACUCACUAUACUUUCAUCGUGCGGGCACGUAACGGCGUCUCCCAGGGCGCUUCUGCCGGGGCCGCCCAGAGCGCGUCUGUCUCCGUGACCACCAAUCAAGCCGCUCCCUCUCGGGUGUCAUCCGUUCAAGCCACAGAUGUCACAAGGCACACUUUGUCGUUGUCAUGGCAACAGCCCGAUCAACCCAACGGGGUCAUCCUGGAAUAUGAGGUCAAGUUCUACGAGAAGGAUCAGAGGGAGAGGUCCUACCGCAUAAUGAGGACCUUCUCUCGAAACGUGGAAGUCACGGGACUCAACCCCAUCACUGUCUACGUCUUUCACGUGCGGGCUCGCACCGCCGCCGGAUAUGGAGACUUCAGCGCCCCGUUUGAAUUCGCCACCAAUUCGGAUCCAUUCCCUCUGAUCGGAGAAGGCGUCAACUCCGCCUUCCUUUUGCUGUCUGUGAGCGGGGUUGGAAUUCUGUUGCUGAUAUCUGCAGCUGUUUUCAUCAUUAGUCGCAGGCGGAGCAAGUACAGUAAAACCAAGCAAGACUCAGAGGAGGAGAAACAUCUUAAUCCAGGCGUGAAGAUCUACGUGGACCCGUUCACCUACGAGGACCCGGAUCAGGCCAUCCACGAAUUUGCCAAGGAGAUUGACGUGAGCUGCAUUCACAUCGAGAGAGUUAUCGGCAUGGGAGAGUUUGGCGAGGUGUGCAGCGGGCGAUUGCGUUUGCACGGAAAGCGAGAAGUGUACGUGGCCAUUAAAAGCCUGAAGGCGGGCUACUCGGACAAGCAGAGGCGGGACUUCCUGUCGGAGGCGUCGAUCAUGGGGCAGUUCGACCACCCGAACAUCAUCAGGCUGGAGGGAGUCGUCACCAGAUGUAAACCACUCAUGAUCGUUACGGAAUACAUGGAAAAUGGAUCCCUGGAUGCGUUUCUUCGGAAACACGACGGCCAGUUCACGGUGAUCCAGCUGGUGGGCAUGCUGCGCGGCAUCGCCUCAGGCAUGAAGUACCUGUCGGACAUGAGUUACGUUCAUCGAGACCUCGCCGCACGAAACAUCCUGGUCAACAGCAACCUGGUGUGUAAGGUGUCUGACUUUGGCCUCAGUCGGAUUUUGGAGGAUGACCCGGAAGCUGCGUACACCUCAAGGGAAACCCUUGGCACUUACCUCUCCCCUGGCGGAAAGAUCCCCAUCAGGUGGACGGCUCCGGAAGCCAUCGCCUACAGGAAGUUCACCACAGCCAGUGACGUGUGGAGUUACGGCAUCGUCAUGUGGGAAGUGAUUUCGUACGGCGAGAGGCCCUACUGGGACAUGAACAACCAGGAUGUGAUAAAAGCAAUCGAGGAGGGCUACCGUCUUCCUGCUCCCAUGGACUGUCCGGUGGUCCUGCACCAGCUCAUGUUGGACUGCUGGGAACGAGACCGAGCGGAAAGACCCACUUUCAGCCAGAUUCUCAACAUGCUGGAUAAGCUGAUUCGGAACCCGGGGACUCUGCGCAGAACCGGAGGGGAAAGACCCGCGGUGCUGGAGUCAGGAGCGUGUCCGGAGGUGUGCGUGUCGGUUCUACCCGAAGUGUGCGUGUCCAAGUGGUCACUGUGUGAGUGGCUCCAGUCCAUCGGCUUGGAACGGUACGCAGAGACGCUGGUGGCGGGAGGAUAUUCCAGCCUUGACAACCUCCUGGCACUCACACACCAGGAGAUGGACAGAUUGGGAAUCAUCACACCAUCGCACCAGGACAUACUAGUUGCCGGUGCCCAGCAGGAAAUCUUGUCUCAAAUGCAGCACGUGCAACAUACAAUGGUUCCGGUCUGAGUCGCAGGUCAGAAAACCUGAAUUCCAUUUACCUCACCCGUGCACUUUAGGGGGGACUUUUCCACCAGUGGAUCAGUACAGCGGAGCGGAAUGGAAAGUGAGAAGUGAGGAAAGCGCCACUCGCGUCAAUUUCCAUCCUGCCGUGCUUUCUAAACACACAAUAUGGACGGUUGGCCACCGAUUGCUACUGAGACUGAAGCCCCCCCGUCUUCUUCUUCUUCUUCUUCUUCACUUUUUAAUUUGGCAUUCCUUUGUUAUCCGUUUUGUGAAAGCUGACAUGAAAGCAGAAUGGCUUCCAGUUUUAUGUGGGACUUUCUUUGCUGCUUUGGGCUUGACUUGAACAACAGUGUGCGUGCGCUCUGCGCGUGCAUGCAUGUGUGUGUGUGUGUGUGUGUACAAUGUAAAUCCACAAAGGGUUGGUCGGCUCUCCUGUGUCCAAAUGUUGCACGUCUUUGAACAUUCUUGAUAUGCAAAGUGAAAUUGGGAGCAGUCGGGGCAAAUUUGUCGUCGCUAGUUGCAGACUAACGUACUGAAUGUUUUUCUUUUGUUUUCAUAGCUCUCCUCGGUUGAAUCGUAUUGAUUAGACAUUUACAUUAGAAUGUCGUGUCAGUAUUGACCGUCUCUCAUUAGCAACAUGAAAUAUUUUAUUUAUGGCCUUUUUUUUUUUUAAAUGUUAGUUUCUACUGUAUAUUGUAAAUUAGAAGUGAGGAGGGGGAAACUGAAUUGAUUGCCAUAUUGCAUUACAAAUAAAUGCCAAACUCCAUCGGUGGA